CGCGAAAUCAUUUGCUUCUCUGCCGCCCCUCCCUCUCCAAACCCCCUUCCCCUUCCCUCCCGGGCUCGCCGCACGAACCCGAGCGGCCCUGCCGUCUUCCGGCGCGAUGGGGAAGAAGACGCCGCCGAAGGGGGAGCUGGAAGGGAGCCCGCGGAAGGCGAAGGUUCCGCGCCUGGACCUGCCGGCUCUGGCUGCCGCGGCGUCGGCGCCGGAGGCGAGCAAUCUGGUGGAGGAGGGGGCGGAGGGGACCAGCGGCAACAAUCGGUGCAACCACGUCCUCACUUUCAGUGCUCGCACGAGGUUGAGUUCGUCGUUGCUAUCCAAGAAUGACGCAGGGAAGUGCGUGGGUUGUCGGCGCGAGGACGCGAAGGGUCGCCGUUACCGUAAGCAACGGCCCGAGGAGAGCAGUAUCUUGAUGUGCCUGGAGUGCGGCCGGCAUCUCUGCUGUGGGGUUGGGGGGAUUGAGUACCCGUUUGGACACUCUCGGGCGCACGCCAUGAAGAAGCGACACUGGGUUGCUGCUCUGUACGAUGAUGCAGAAAAAGGAUACUGCUUCAAGUGCAAUGCUGAGGUGGGAAUGCCGGCCGAAUUUGAGGUUGAUGGUCGUGUGAUUGGAAUGGAUGUGAUCCGCGAUGUUGUCAGUUCGUUACCGAAGCGCGUGCCCCGGCUGCGUUGUGGCGUGAUGGAAAUGACGGGCCAAAUUCAGGCAGAAGGUCGUGCAUCUGGGUUUGGUGUGGUCCCCGGUCCUAUCAGUGGGUUACCGAAUCUCAGAGACAGACGGCACAACCAUGAGUUCGGAUCAGCUAAUACGCAAGGCUAUGCUAUCAAAGGGAUACCAAAUAUCGCAAACACAUGCUACAUGAAUGCAAUUCUGCAGUGCCUCCUUGCGCUUGAUAAACUGCGGGCAAGGCUGUUAGAACCGGAUGAUAAGGGUCUCUGUGCGUUGGCACUCAAGGAGCUUUAUGAGGAGACGACAAGUGCUGCAGGAGGCUUGCUGAACCCACAGAAAAUCUUGGCAUGUGUAUGCAUGCAGAAUCGGGACUUCAUAGGUGGUCUUAUGCAUGACAGCCACGAAUUGCUUUCUUCCCUGUGUAAUGGUUUGAAUGAAGAGGAGAUGGCAAUUAAAAAUUUUGAAAGGAAAACCACUGCUCCUACAUUUAUCAAUUCCAUUUUUGGGUUUGAGCUGUCUCAGAUACUAUCCUGCAAGUGUGGAACUAAAUCAGUUACCCAUGCUUUCUUCUAUGAUCUGGAACUGCCAAUGCCAUCAGUGGGGCAUCCAACCAAAAGUGUUGCAUCACCACAAACAAGCGAGAGUCUCAAAUCUCGACAGAUGAAUAUUGCUGUUCAAUUAUUUCCAGCACAUGAGCAGAGUAACUUGGACAAGAUGCAAACAGUUGCUGAAAGUGGUGAUUUUCAUCUUCUUGGUUCAGAAUUGAAAGAGGUGAUUUUGGAGGAAACACCUAAACCUUUGGAAGUUGGUGAGUUUAUGCGCACUCCUGUACCUACUGAAAAGCCUUGACUGUUCAUACCACUUUUGAGGAUUCAAAAUGCAGGAACUGUGGACACUAUGAAACUGCAUUUUUUAUUGGUUAUCUCGCUCAACAAAAGAAAAAAGUUUCGUUUUUUGGAAUAGGUGUCCUACACUUUCUAAAUGGAGAAAAUUGUUUGAGGGCCCUUUGCACACAUGGACAGAAGAAAAAUUUCAGGAAAACCUUCGGAAUGUGUAUACAAAAGCGAGCAGGAUCUUUUCAGCAGUAUUAACAUGGCAAUGUAGUUUGCCGUAGUGUAGUAGCUAAAACUGCCAUUGGAAUAUAGCUUGGGAUGUCGGGUGCUUGCCUUCGAUAUAAUAAAUUUUGCUCCAAAUGGUUUCUUAACUUAAUUAUGUGUGGGAUUCUUGAAAAGAAAGCUACUACAAAUGUGGAGGAUAAAGAUCCUAAAAAAUAUGUAGAUGACAGUUGCUGGUUGCAUGGUGUCGAUACUGCAGAUAAAAUAAAAUAAAAUAUUAUAUGCUUGGUUCUGCAGAUUUCACUGAAGCGCAACGUAUCUGUCAAAGCAAGGAUGCUGUACACAGUCCUUUGCAGACUCAGGAGAACGAGGUCUCACGUUUUGAACUUCCGCAAAGGAUCAUUGAGGUGCCAGUAAAAUCUGUUAGUUUUCUUCCUCAUAACGUGUCUGAUGUCAAAGUUGAGGAAAUGAAUGAGAUGACCGCAGAUUCAAUAGGAUCGAUUGAAGACUGCUUGUUACUGUUUCAUGAAGGACUGAUAUGUUGGCGCUGUGAUAAUUGUGCCAAGGAACAGAAGCAGGCCAGUGCCAACCAAAGUAAAAAUGGUGAGCAGAUGGUGGGAAGCGCCAAUGAAGACACAAAAGUUGUUGGGGACCAGACUGAACAAUCAGACAGGACAGUACGCUCAAAUGAGAAAUCUAGUGGACUGAGUAAUUUGUCAGUAGAAUGCAAAUCAUCUUCAAAUAGGCAACCUCAUGCAUCUGAUGAACAGAGUCAAAUUAUACAAACAGUGGAUAGAAUCACUGAAGGAACAAGCUCAGGGAUGAGUUGUGGUGAAAAAGACUCUACUGCUCGCAGCAUAACUAGUAAAGAACAUGAGUUGCAGCAUAACAAGUUCAGAGCCAAUAAUAGUGAAGUGUAUCAGGACAUGACGGAGCAAUUAGCGAUGGAUCAUAGUUCAUACCAAUUGAAAGACAAAAAAAAUGAGCAGGAAGAUAAUGUUGGAGAUGGUAUUCAAACAAAUCUUUUUAAGAAACUGCCGCCUGUAUUAACUCUUCAGCUUAAGAGAGCUUUCACCUGUUACGAAGUCAGGCUUAAAAUGAGUGAGCAUGUGAGAUUUAAGGAGUAUCUUGAUGUAGGGCGAUUCAUGGACCCAAGCUCUGUGGACAAAGGUAAUUCCCUCUAUCGUCUAGCUGGUGUUGUAGAGCACCGUGGCAGCAAGUCCUUGGUUACAGGACACUAUGUUGCUUACGUGAGAGCAAGAAAGCUUGGAAAUCAGCAACAGCAGAGCAGCUGCUCAUCCUCAUGGUUUUGUGCAGACGAUAGAUACAUCAGCCAAGUGACUCUAGAAGAAGUUCUCAAGCGCGAGGCUUACAUUCUUUUCUAUGAGAGGGUGGAAGGCUAAGACAUGGCUAGCAUAAGAUCUCACAACUAAUCAGAAUGCAGUCACAAGGAUUCAGUUGGUGUACAUAGUAGAACAAGCUCUCGAUGAAGCUCAUUUUUGUCGCAGGGCUUCAAACUGACUGUAAUUGGUACCACAUUGGAGGUUUUUUUGGUGGUCUUCUCGACACAGCUAAACCGGUUUUUCCAAUUACUUUUUGCCUUUUAGGAUCAAACUGUGAAUAGAAUAAGACACGUGGCAUUGGUCAGAUUGGCAAAUCAUACAGGCUUUGUAAGGUUGUGUUGGAUGCUACUGUUAUAUGAUAUAUGGUUUACAUUACGUUGUGGAGAAUUUAGAACAUA